AUCAGAAAUACCUGAAGUGACUUUUAGUUUUUCGACCAAACAAUCGGUAGUUUACUAUGAAUUUAUUUGCCAUAGAAUCCACUUGAGGUUGUCUAGAUUGUCCACUUAGCAAAAAUUUUGGAUGGCAAGCAUUUAUUUGCCUCCGAUCGCUCGUAAAAAGAAGGUAGACGGCUACCCACGUCAUGACACCUCCAGGGUUUUUGCUGAUCUGCAAGUUAACUAUUCACCUGGUCAAACAAGCUAUGAUGCACAUUAUAUUGGACAUGCAAUUUUAUCCCCUCAACAGAGUACAAAGUCUGGUCCAAACAAUAAACCUCACCCCACUAAUGUGACUUUUUUGCGCCAAAAUCCACGAUUUAUUUGUGAGCCAAUCUGUUAUGUGAAGACCAGUGUAGAUUCCCCCGUGAAAUACCCAUCAUGGUGGCCAGAAGAAUUGCCAGAAAAAUCCACCAGGAUCCCUCAAAAAAGCUUUGAUUCAACUGUGCGCUCAGAUUAUCGUCCUCCACCAUUCUCCCCUGGAAAGAUAACAAGGUACAGCAGUAACCUUGCCCUGCAAGUGGUACCUGCAGGGGCCUCUGGGAUCCUACCUCAAGCUGCAUAUAAAACAGGACAUACAACACCAAAGGUUGUAGAGAAAAUCUCUUAUGAACAUCAGUUUAACUCAAGAUUGGAUCCCAGUCACCCAAUAAGAGGGCGUCGACAUGGUAGCUUUAUAUGGAAGGUUGUGUCUGAUUUUGGCAGAAAAAAUAGGAAAGGUAGCAAGCCUGUGGAGUAUGCAUACAUGAAAGAUGAAUCGGCAGAUACAGAGACUGCUCAACCUGCCACAGGAAAUGCUGAGAAUGGGGAGAAAACUGUAGAGGUUAAUGAUCCAGAAGGGACCCUUCCUUCAUCUGAUGAAAAUUGAGUCUUGGCUCAAAAUUACAAACUUUAAGUUGUGUGAAGUGACUGAAAUUAGAAGCAAAUAUCUGAUUACAUUAAAAUGGUUUGGUUGUGGUGCCUGUAAAGUAUAAAACCUAGUGAAACUCUAAUUCUUAACUAAAAAUUAUUUUAUCCCACCCACAACCCUAAAUGUUUUAGGAAUCAUUUUUUUUUUCUCUUUUCAAUUUUGUACUAGUUUUUAUUAAAACUCAUACUUGUUCAUGCUGUAUUUACCAACAAUAUUUGAUAAACAGUAUAUUGUCAGUAAUAAAAAGUUGUGAAUUAGGUAUGGAAAA